AUGGGAAAAAAGGACAAAAAGGAUAAGAAGGGAGGUGGAUCUGGAGAGGAGCAGCGUCUACGUAUCGCCAUUGUCAGUGAGGAUAGAUGCAAACCUAAGAAGUGCCAACUUGAAUGCAAAAAGUACUGCCCCGUGAACCGUACUGGUAAGUUCUGUGUAGAGGUCGAUAGACAUUCCAAGGUCUCAUGGAUCUCGGAGACCCUCUGUAUUGGUUGUGGUAUAUGCGUCAAGAAGUGCCCCUUCGAUGCUAUUACCAUCAUUAAUCUACCCAAGGACCUUAGUGGGCAGACUACUCAUAGAUAUGGUCCCAAUACCUUCAAGCUACACAGGCUACCUAUGCCUCGCCCUGGUCAAGUCCUUGGUCUUGUCGGAACCAAUGGUAUUGGUAAAUCUACUGCAUUGAAGAUAUUGUCCGGUAAGCUGAAGCCUAAUCUCGGACGAUUCGAUGACCCCCCGGACUGGAGCGAGAUCCUUCAGUACUUCCGCGGAUCUGAUCUGCAAAACUACUUCGUUAAAAUCCUGGAGGAUAAACUGAAGGCGACCAUCAAACCUCAGUAUGUCGAUAACAUCCCCAAGGCUGUCCGUGGCAAGGUUGGAGAGACCCUUGCUCGGAAGGAUGAGCGACAUAUUGUACCCCAGUUAUUGAAGCGUUUGGAUCUCGAACAUCUAGUCGAUCGUGAGAUCAAGGAUCUAUCAGGUGGAGAGUUACAGCGUUUCGCUAUCGCAGUAGUAUGCGAGUUGAAUGCAUCUGUUUAUAUGUUUGAUGAGCCUAGCUCCUAUCUUGAUGUCAGGCAGCGUUUAGAGGCUGCUCAUGUUAUCCGUGACCUACAGACGUCCGAUAACUACAUCAUCGUGGUUGAGCAUGAUCUAUCAGUCUUGGAUUAUCUUUCUGAUUACGUUUGCUGCCUAUGGGGCACUCCUACUGCAUAUGGCGUUGUCACAAUGCCCUUCUCCGUUCGUGAAGGUCUUAAUAUAUUCCUGGACGGUUUCAUUCCUACCGAGAAUCUUCGUUUCCGCGAAGUCGCCUUGAACUUCAGGGUAUCAGAGAAUACUGAUCUUGAUGAUAGCAAGAGGAUGUAUAGCCAAGAUUAUCCUGCUAUGACCAAAACUAUGGGUACCUUCAAGCUCCAUAUCGAAUCUGGCAACUUCUCUAGCUCUGAGAUCAUCGUUAUGCUCGGACAGAACGGAACAGGCAAGACCACGUUCAUUCGUAUGCUUGCCGGUCUACUCAAGCCUGAUGAGGAUGGUGUAGAGGUACCCCGCAUGAAUGUCUCCUACAAGCCUCAGACAAUCCAUGCUAGAUUUGAUGGAUCGGUGCGAGAUCUGCUUCACGCCAAGAUCCGCUCACAGUUCCUGCAUCCCCAAUUCGUAUCUGAUGUCACUCGUCCUAUGCUUAUCGAUCAGCUACUUGACCAGAAUGUACAGAAUCUAUCAGGUGGUGAGCUUCAGCGUGUUGCCAUUGUACUGGCGUUAGGCAAGCCUGCUGAUGUUUAUCUGAUCGAUGAGCCUAGUGCCUAUCUUGAUGUCGAGCAACGUGUUGUGGCCGCUAGGGUCAUCAAGCGAUUCAUCCUCCACGCGAAGAAGACUGCCUUCGUUGUGGAGCACGAUUUCAUCAUGGCAACUUAUCUCGCUGAUCGUGUCGUAGUCUACGACGGUACCCCUGGUAUCGAGUGUACGGCUUCCUCACCUGAGACCCUCGUCACGGGUAUGAACAAGUUCUUGAAGUCCUUGGAGAUUACCUUCCGCCGUGAUCCUACCAAUUACAGGCCUAGAAUCAACAAGUCCGACUCUGUGAAGGAUAAGGAGCAGAAGGCUGAGGGCAACUUCUUCCUUCUCGAGGAUUAAGUUCACUUGUACAGCAGCAGCAAUAAUAACCGAAAGUCACUGUUGUCCUAGAAUCGAGACAUCACCGUUAUGAGUAGCUGCGUAGUACUAACUCGGCCACCAUUUAGUUGAUUGUCUUCGGAAGGAUGGCGGAUAACAGUUGUCGAGGGUUUUGGCAUCCAUCACUGUUGACAGUUGCCAUCAUCGCUAACGUUCACUGAACCCUGUUUCCCAUUACG